AUGGGAAUCAAGGACGUCUUCCGCACCCGGGCGCGGCCUAUCGACGGCGUCGAGGCGUCUGGCUCCGACGUCCUUCCCGGCGUGGGCGAGGUUGGCAAUGCCGAUGGCGAGCUGCGUAACUUCUCCAAGCAGCACAAGUGGGAUCCCUUUCUCGAAACGGAGAAGCUCGACAACAUCGACGCAGCUAUCGCUUCGGGCGAUCCGGAGAAGGAGGCUGCACUCGACGAGUCCCUCAUCCAAGAGGAUUCGCCCUACUACGAGGUUCGCAUCUCGGUGCCCCCCACGGACACGGACAUGCCCAUCAACACCAUCCGCGCGUGGACCAUUGGCGCCCUCAUGUGCACCAUCGUCGCCGCCUGCAAUGUGCUGCUCAACAUGCGCCGCGCACCUCUGACCAUCACCUCCACCGUCGUCCAGCUGAUUGCUUACCCCAUCGGCUGCGGCUGGGCCAACGUGGUGCCCGCAAAGACCUUUCGCCUCUUUGGCCACGAGCUCUCUCUCAACCCAGGCCCCUUCAACGUCAAGGAGCAUACCAUUAUCACCAUGAUGACCGCCGCCGGGUCCAUAGCCUCGUACACGAUCGACAUCCUGCUCGCCCAGGAGAUCUUUUACGGCCAGCACUUCAGCUGGGGGUACCAGAUCCUGCUCACCAUGUCUACCCAGGCCAUGGGGUUCGGUAUGGCCGGCAUGUCGCGUCGCUUCCUCGUCUGGCCCUCAUCCAUGGUAUGGCCCGCGGUUCUUAUCACGACGACCGUCAUGUACUCGCUGCAUGACCACAGGCCCUCGGACCCGGCACAGACCAACGGCUGGAAGAUUGGUCGCUAUAGGUUCUUCCUGGUGGUCGCCCUGCUCACCUUUGUCUGGGAGUGGGUUCCCCAAGUCUUCGCGCAGUUCCUGCAGCUCUUCAUGUUUGCCUGCUGGAUCGCCCCCAACAAUGUCGUCGUCAACCAGGUCUUUGGUGGCCAGACGGGCCUGGGUCUCCUCCCCAUUUCGUUCGACUGGAACGUCAUCUCCGGGUUCCUGCUGAGCCCGCUGCAGACACCCGCCUUUGCCAUUGCCAAUGUCGGCUUCGGCAUUGUCAUCAUGUUCAUCGGUGUCAUUGGGCUUGCCUGGGCCGGCCCCGACUACUACCGAUACCUGCCCCUGGCCGCCAACCAGAACUACGACAACCAUGCCCAGCCCUACAACACAUCGUUGAUUCUCAACCCAGACUACACGAUGAACGUGACGGCCUACAAGGAGUACUCGCCCAUUCUGCUGGGGCCCGCCUUCUCGCUCAGCUACGGCAUGGGUUUUGCCGCGCUCACGGCCACCCUCACGCACGUCGCCGUCUUCUAUGGCCCCGAUAUCUGGCGACGCGCCCGCAACGUUCGCUACGAGGAGGCCGACAUUCAUCUCAAGCUGAUGCGCAAGUACAAGGAGGCCCCAGAGUGGUGGUACCUGGUUGUCUUUGCUAUCAGCUUUGGCGCGGGCAUGGCCGCGUCGAUCGCCUGGAGCACCCAUCUGACGUGGUACAUGUACAUUCUCGCCAUCGCCAUCCCGGCCUUCUUCAUGAUCCCCAUUGGCAUUAUCCAGGCCAUCACCAACCAGCAGACAGGCCUCAACAUUGUGGCCGAGAUGAUCUUUGGAUAUAUCUUCCCCGGCCGCCCCGUCGCCAUGAUGCUGUUCAAGAGCUACGCCUACAUGUCGACGUACAACGGCCUGCAAUAUAUCUCGGACAUGAAAGUCGGCCACUAUAUGAAGAUUCCCCCCCGCAGCAUGUUUGCGGCACAGGCUUUUGCUGUCUUCUGGCUCUCCAUUGUCCAGAUGGCCGUGUACAACUUCCUGCGUGGCAACAUUGACGGAAUCUGCACAGAGGACCAGCCCCAGGGCCUCACCUGCGCCUAUGCGCGCACAUUCUACAAUGCCAGUGUCAUCUGGGGUGUUAUUGGUCCCCGUAUCGUGUUUGGUGCUGGUAGCAUAUACUCCUGGAUCAAUUGGUUCUGGUUCAUUGGCUUUGCCCUCCCUGUGAUCCAGUACUUCAUCGCCAAAAGAUACCCGCGAAGCUGGGUGAGAUACGUCUUCUUCCCGGCUGUCUUUGGUGCGGCUGGCAUGAUCCCCCCCGCGACCAUGUGGUACCUCGGUCAGUAUGUUAUUGUUGGACUCUUUUUCAACUGGUGGAUUAAGAGGCGCUACCUUGGCUGGUGGUCCCAAUACACGUUCACUCUGUCCGGCGCGCUCGAUAUCGGCACAGCUCUUUGCAUCGUUGUCUCGGGCAUCGGUCUCGGGCUCAGCAGCACAGACUUCCCCUCGUGGUGGGGAAAUACCGUGCCCUUUAAUAAUCUUGACGCACUGGGGACGGCCGUUACGAAGACAUUGGAUCCAAAUAGUGGUGAAAUUAUCGGUCCGAAGCACUGGUAG